AUGCACGGUGACCACAUACCGCUCGCAGUAUCGGACCACGCCAAACUCACGGCGCUGGGUGCACACCAGCUGUAUGACCAGGGAGCGGCCUUCCGCAACCGCUAUGUUCGUCCCUCACGCCAUGAGGACUUCGUCGGCCUUGUCGGCAUCCAAUCGAAGGCGAUCGAUAACUCACAGCUCUAUGUCGAGUCGUCUACGGACGAAUGCUCCGCGGCCAGUGCCCUCGCAUUCAUGCAGGGACUCUAUCCUCCAUGGCCAUACACGACCUGCGACCUUGGCAUCCCGGAAUACAUCCAGACAGGCAACGACUCGAUUCUGAAUUACCCUCUGUGUGGCUACCAGUACCCCAACGUCAGGACCAUUUCGCCCCAUUAUGACCAAGACGCAAUCUGGAGCCAUGGCCAUCACACGUGCAAGAAGCACCAAGAGUCACUGCAAGCGUUUCCCGGCAACCCCGCGGCGGACUUGACUUACCAGCAAACCAAGGGGUUCUACACCGGCCUGUGGGACAAGAUCUUCUGCGAUGCCUUCUCUCCCUCGCAGUGCAAUUUCUACCACGCCCACGAAUUGUACGAGUACGCUGCAUACCGUUGGAAUCACGACGGGCAGUCUCAUUCGCUCAUCACUCGCGGCGAUCUGGAGCAGCUGCGGGAACUCGCCUGGCUCGAGCAGGUUCUCAAACACGCUGCCCCCACGACUGGACCCCAAGGUGAAGACGACAAGUCCUCAUGCAUCGCCGCCCGCACGCUUGCAACAAGGGUCUUCAGUCAGUUUUCCGAAAACGUUAAGUCGUGUGGCAAGCACAACAAGUUGAACCUGGCCUUCACCUCGCAUGAGCCGUUCCUGGCCUUUUUCGCUCUCGCAAACCCCGACGGCGCAGAGUUCUCACGGCUCCCCGAGCCCGGAGCGGCGCUGAUCUUUGAGCUAUUCUCUGUGGAUUCGACCCUGGCCGACCGUUACGGUCACCUCGAUUCUUCCAGCAACCAUGAUUCUUACAACAACGCCGGCUGCUGCGACGACCACUCCUGCAACAGCAAUUCCUGCGACAGCAACUCCUGCGACCUCGGCUCUUGCAACAACGACAAAUCCUCUAAUAACAACUUUGGUGGAAAUGACCGCAGUGAGCAGGGCUCCAUCUCCCGCGGCCCUUUUGGACGCCGCAGCUACGAUGGCGGCAGCAUUGACGGUAUUGGCAAUGAAAAGGCCGGCUCUUACAACAACGUGCCGCUCCACCAGGUGCCCCUCAAGUCAUUCCCGGCAAGCAACCAUCAGGGCGAUGACCACGCCUUUUGCCCGUCUCCCGAGGAGCUCUACGUCCGCGUCCUCUAUCGGCCCAGCACGGGUCCUUCCGCCCAGGUGGUCCCCGUGCCCCUCUUUGGCAAUCAGUCGACGAUGCAUUUCAAGCACUUCAGUGAGGCGAUGCGGAUUGUCGGCGUUCGGGACGCGAAUCAAUGGUGCAACCUCUGCAAGGGCGGGCCCAAGUUCUGUGCCUCGACCGUCGUCGGGGGCGACCAGGAGAAUUUGGGCGGUAUUCUCGGCGUGAGCGGCGCAGCGGUGGCGAUUGCGCUCGCCCUCGCCAUUGGAUUACUGGUUUGA